UGCAAAAUAAUCUCUGCGAUAAAACUAAAAGUUGACAAUGAAACGACGACUUUCAUUGGAGGACUCUUGUACAGAGCGGGAUGCAAUGGCAAAAAGAAGAAAAAUUAGACGAGGAAAGAAGGGCAGGAGGAAACAUCGUCCUCAUCAGCCCAUCGCCUCGUCUCAGGUCAGUCCUCAAAAUGAACAGUGUGCGUCUACAAAAAACACAAUUCACUGCGACAGUGAGACUGCAGACAAAAUGGUUACUGAGGACUUUGCAAAUCUCCAGAAAGUAUGUGAUGCAGGGACUGUCAGUGAAGUUCCUGGGUCGGAACCAUCUGCUGCUAACACGCUUUUUAUAGACACUCUUUCAACCACUGACUUUCUUGGAGAAUUGAAUGACUUGAGCAGUAUUUAUACUCUAACAGAACUGUCUCCCAAGGAUCAGCCUUUCAAUGUAGUAAUGGAUGGCUCUUCCAUGUAUCUUGUGGGCCUUCAAAACCAUGUGUACCUAUCUAUGGUUCAACAGCCUCCUAAUUCAGACGGACAAAUGUUCUGCACUGUGGAACACAAUACUGACCAUCUUCGUCAGCACGGUGACAACACCAACUGUUCACAACAGUUCACGUCCAAGUCUUUUCCUGAUAAAAUGAAGGAAAGGAUUGAGAACUGGUAUUAUGCGACCAUGGAUGUUGAUCGCAGAGAGGUUCAUCAACUGAAAUUCCCCUCUCACUUGCUGGAAUGGUCAGAGCGAGUGAAAUUUAGCCAUGAGCGCAAGUGGAAUCCGCUAGAAUACCUAGAGCCAAACUACAGCAAGUUCAGUUUCUAGUGAGGAGAUUCCUCGAGUGUUCAGAGACCAGUGUCAGACAAUUUUGGCUCAGCUGAGUCAUUAAUAUGACUAUUAUGAGUAUUCCACUGCUUUUUUUUUAAUUCUUAAAUCAGAUCAUGCAUGUAUUACCAAUUUUGUAAGGUUUUAAGCAUGAGGUACGAGAGUCCAUUCGUGUCAUUUUUAUUCAUCUUGCAUGCCUGACCACGUUCUUAUACACGAAACCUUGGCGAUUACUUUGUUUUGAAUAACUAAUUGAAGACAAGUUUCUUUAAGACCCGUUGCAGAAAACAAUGUCAGUCAUACAGAGGAAAAGAUACAACAUUCUUUGUAUAAGACCGAGAGCUGAAUUAGGAACUAAAAAAAAUGGACAAAAAUCUCUUUCUGGCCAAAGAGUGGCGUCAUGAAAUCGCCCACACACGAGUAAUUUAAUCUAGAGUCUGAAAAUGAAAUGGCUCACUGCCAGUUUAUGAGCUCUAUUCAAAAAAGGUCUUUUUUUUUCCAGAUGUUUGAGCAGUAUUUGUAUCUAUGAAAGAAAGUCGCGUUCUUUUUUUUUUUAGCAUAGUAACUGCAUCUCACUGGGGUAAUUCUUUUCUUUAUUUGCAAAAGCAUAAACAUGAAAUUUUUUGAUACGUUCGUUUAGGCCAAGGUACCUCUUGCAUCUGCAUGUUGUAAUUACUUGUAAAUAUUUGAUUGACAUAAUAAAUUAGAUAUUGACAUA